GCUGAGUUCCCCUCCCGCCCCACUCCGGCCCCUCUCGCGCGGUGCUCCGGGCCCCGCUGCGUCGGGAUGAGCCGCGCUGCUUCCCCAUGGAGACCAAGCGGGCCGAGAUUCCCAGCAGUGUCCUGGACGACCUGUGCAGCCGAUUUAUUUUGCACAUUCCCAGCGAGGAACGAGACAAUGCAAUCAGAGUGUGUUUUCAGAUUGAACUUGCCCAUUGGUUUUACUUGGAUUUCUACAUGCAGAACACACCAGGAUUACCUCAGUGUGGGAUAAGAGAUUUUGCUAAAGCUGUUUUCAGUCAUUGUCCUUUUUUACUGCCUCAAGGUGAAGACGUGCAGAAGGUUUUAGAUGAAUGGAAAGAGUACAAAAUGGGAGUGCCAACAUAUGGUGCAAUCAUUCUUGAUGAGACACUUGAAAAUGUGUUGCUGGUCCAGGGUUAUUUAGCAAAGUCUGGCUGGGGAUUUCCAAAAGGAAAAGUGAAUAAGGAAGAGGCUCCACAUGACUGUGCUGCUAGAGAGGUAUUUGAAGAAACUGGUUUUGAUAUAAAAGAUUAUAUCAAUAAAGAUGACUAUAUUGAGCUACGAAUCAAUGAUCAGCUGGCACGCUUGUACAUCAUUCCAGGAAUUCCAAAAGACACAAAAUUUAAUCCCAAAACAAGGAGAGAGAUUCGGAACAUUGAAUGGUUCUCGAUUGACAAAUUACCUUGCCAUAGAAAUGACAUGACCCCGAAGUCCAAGCUAGGUUUGGCACCUAACAAGUUUUUUAUGACCAUUCCCUUCAUCAGACCUCUGAGAGACUGGCUUUCUCAACGGUAUGGAGAUUCCUCAGAUAGUGACAAUGGAUUCUCAUCCACCAGUAGCAACACACCACCUAAAUCUAACUCAGAAAAAACGAGAUCCAAACUCCAUUAUAGCCAGCAAGUGUUUACAGAUGGUCCUUCCGGAGACCAGUGGUCAAAGCAUCGGCAAUUACAGCAACAGAAGCCAUAUAACAAUCAUUUUGAGAUGUCAGAAACUUUAAAACUAAAGAGCACACGUGGCAAUGGCAGAAAGCAGUGCCAAGACACUCCUAAUCAAAAGAAGAGAACAAAUGGAGUCCAUAGUCAGCCAGCUAAACAGAGCCAAACUUUGAAAUGUGAAAAGAAGUUACAUCCAAGAAGACUUCAAGAUAAUUUUGAAAUGGAAGCAGCAUGUGAUGUGUGUUGUGUUAAUGAAGAACACCUCCUAGAACACGGACAAUCAGCAUCAUGCAACGGCCAUUGCAAAUUCACUUUCUCCUCACAAGCUUUUCUGAGCUUCAAGUUUGACCAUGAUGCUAUAAUGAAAAGUUUUGACCUCUGAUGAGUGUUCAUUUGCACGAGUCUACCUGAGACUUGGCCUAGAGCAGUUGAGCGGGUUUCUUCAAUCCAGCCUUUACCCUUUCUCAGGUUUUAAAACAAUGCAGGGACCUAGUUAUUGGCUGGAGGGCUUUGUUCUCAUUGCAAUAUGGGAGUGGCACCGUACAGUGUUGCACUUUAUAUGCAGUAUAGUUUUUACCUGCAAAAAUGCUUUCCAGUGUUUCAUUUGCUAGUUCCUACCUAUGCAUUACAGGGCAUUUUUCAUUUGUUUGUUUUGCUGUAAGUUUAGAGAAGUGUUUCAGCCUUAGUGAUGUACUAACUUCUUACACAUUUAGGUUUGCUCCGAUGUACAAAAGUUAUUUUGAUUCUGAUAGUUCACAAUAGGGCGGCAACCCACAUGAAACUUUUGAGGACACCAGUGUUCUGUAUUCCAGAUAUAGUUACGUCUUUUAUGACUAUGUAUGCUAAAAGGCAACCUUCUGUUUUGAGAAUUCAGAAUCUUGGUCUUCUGUCUUCCGAAGCCAAUUUCUUUGUUCUCUAUUUUGCACUGUAUUGGAACCCCCCUUUUUAUACAGGCAUUUGUAAAAACUGUAUUAACACCAAGAUAUGCUGAAUUCUGCUUAAUAAUUGUUCCCCCACCCCACCCCAGCUCCAGUUAGAUACGGCAAUGGUUGUCAGACAUGGCCAAUUUGAUUUUGUUGUGCUAAUUUUGCCAUUUCCUCCCAUUUGAAAUGUCUAAUCAAGCAAUUUUCAACUGGAAGAAUUGCAACUACUUUGAAGGUGGACCAUGGAAAAAUGUGGUUUUGAGGAGAUAAUGUUAGUGUAUAGAAAGUAAAUGAGCCUUUUAAGAUAUUUCAAAGGGAGAGCUGAAAGCAUGUCAACAAAUGGCAUAUAACGACUUGUAGAGCAAUCCUAAAUGGUGCUGGGAAGAAGUAGAGUGUCAAUCUACCACCACUUCCCAAGCCCUGCCAGCAAGGGUGGGUGGGUUGAAUGUGUGGUUUUACUAGGCUUUUCAUUCUUGUGAAUCUUUCUAUUUAAAAUCCCCCCUCCCUGUCCCUGAAAGCAAGGGAAGGAAUUGGCUACUCCAGUUCCAAGCUUGGCAUUGCUGACAGACCUGGAUUAAGGGAAUGGAGUGGCUUUGGAUCCAAAGUUGGCUGGUCCCUGCCCUGCCCGUGGACUGUGCCAUUUCAGGACCUUAUGCCAGCUACUGCCUGCAGGAACACCAGUGGCUGCAGCGUGGGCUUCCACAUCAGCAGAGCUCUUCUGCCGGCAGAGGGGUUCCUCUGCCAUAUUGUUACAUCAUUGGGGUUAGGAUCGUAUACUUAAUUGGGUUUUAUAAUUGUGCAGUUUUCUUGCAGUAGCCUACUUAUGUGUCUGAUUUAACAAUGAGUUUGGUGUCGAAAGCAGUAGCUGUGAAAAUGCAUGAAGCUUUAGCCAUUUAACAUGAGAAGAAAUAGCAGCAAGGAAUGCAAGAAAACUAAAUUUAAAGUACUACCUGAUACUGAGGCUAUGUCUGAGUAUGUGAAUGUAACUUGUCUAUAGAGCUACUGAUGAAAUUCACUGUCUUACUCAGUGCGGUCUUUACCUUUGCUAUUUGUAUUGGCAUCAUGUCUUGAAUUUUUGAGAUUUCUAAAAUCUUAGGUGAGUUUGAAGAUUAAGUUGGAAAAAGAGUUAAACCUUUUAUAGUUUUUACAUAGUGCUGAUGAGGCACAGCCCAUGCUCUUGCAAAAUCCUUACAGCAUAUUGCUUUCCCUCACCUAAGGGUUGCACAGUGAAGUUCAUGUAUGCUUAUUAUAUUGCGUCUCUCCUCUUCACGGUUGGAAAGGAGGCCCAAAUUAUCUCCAAAUAGGCAUUUUAAAAAUCAUAAGCAUUUUAAAAAUUGUUGAGCAACAAAGGCUUAUAUGCCUGCGAACCACAUCCAGAAUUUGGUGUUCUGUUAAGAUUAAGAUAGCCAAAGAGCUGAUAAUGGGUAGAGAAGCCACUUUCCCCCCAUUCACCCUGCGUCUGGGAGAUAAAACUUUGGUCAGUAUUUGGUGUGUUUUGACUUCUUUUUUAAAAAAAUAAUAAUAAAAGUGCCUAACUUUCUAACGUCUUACAUAUUGCAAAUUGGAUUUUCAGGCUGCUUGUGCCAAUGUGCCAAUCUUCUUUCAAUAUGUAGCUUGAUUUCCCCGGAACGUUACUGUUUUGUGCUGCUUCCUUAUUGAUACGACAUUGAUGAAUAAGAGGAACACUGGCACAGUCAUGUGAAUCUUAAAUACAAAAUGGAUUCCUACCUGACAUGAAUACUUAAGUGGCUGUACUAGCAAUGUAAGAUGGAUUCUCAAAAGAGAACUAACUUUGUGUUAGGGAGUGUGCAAAUUCUGCCCUAAUUUCUGGAUAUACAAUGUGUAACUCCCAUUUUGCAAAGAAUAACUUCUUCAGUAGAGACUAUGUCUGGCUUCUUCACUGAGAAAUUUCCAGAGGCUAUAAAAGACUAAACUGGGUUUAUUAAUCUAGCCUUAAAAUGGGUUGCAAAUAAACAUGGUAAAUAUGCAAUAAUUGUCACUUUUACAAGGUACCAUAUAUUUCAUAAAGUUGGGUUGCUUAAUUUUAUUGCUAUCAUGUCUUAAAGUGGUUGGAAAUGAGCUGCUUUAUGGGUUUGUGGAUGCCCUGCACUGUGAACAUUUCAGGCUGUUUACUUUCUUGGUUUGUAAUAAUUUUUUUUGGGGGGGGGGAUUGAUUGCAAAGUGUUAAAUGAAUCAUUUUAUAUUCUUGUAUUCCAAAGUGCAGGCAUAUGGUUUACAUAGAUUUCUGUAAAACAGUGAAGAAAAGGCAACUUGCUGACUAAUGGAUGUUUUUUCCCCUCAUGUGGGCAUUUUAAAGGAUGGGAAUAUAUGAUCUGUGAAUGAAUUUAAGGUGAUCUUCAUAGGAAUAUAUUACUGCUUGAAUUUUAGGUGCUGAUCUCCUGUGCUUUAGAGGGAGGCAGGGCAACUCCACAUCUGCUGCACCUAAUUGAAUUGUGAGCGUUGCUUAUCUGAUCCUUUGCGGUCAAAUUAUUUCUGCUAUGAAUGAGCAAAGAACGUUUAACAAAAGGGUUUAAGUGGGAUUUUUAAGACUGCAUAUUGACCUUCUGGGACAAUGGUUGUGUGUGUGUGUGUGUGUGUGUGCGCGCGCGUGUGUAUAUUGUAUGUGUGUGUAUUUUGCCUACUGAAACUUUGUUCUUUUUAUACAUGAGGCUACUCUGUUAGGGAUUCUUUUGUGGCUUUUGAUGUCUCUGGUCUCCCCUAAGUUUGUGUGCUAUUGAAAGCUUUUGUAUUUAGUACCCGAGCUGUUGAGAAAGCAGGCUGGAGGAGACAGGAACACAGUUCUAAAGUUUAGCUGCUCUUCAACUUUUCCGGGGAUUACAUGCAGCCUUUAGGCCAGAACAUUUGUUUAUAAUGUUACCAGUUUGUGCUGCAGAAUUGUAAUAAUUAAUACUGCUAUACAAGUGUGGCACCAGUUCUUUUCAAUUUGAAUGUGGGCCCUAUGGCUAUCACGCAUGCAUGGUGGCCCUCUGCCUAAAUCAAGCAGCUUGUGUACAGCUGCUACCUUAUACACAGGGCUUGAUUAUCAUCACAGAUUCAGAAGUGCCAAAUAGGUUCAUGAAAAGGUCCGUAGAGCAGCUUCUGACGUGAUGCUUGAUGUAGUGGGGCUAGGCCGUCCAAGUGCCUCUCUUCCUGUUCCUUUCCAUUUCUGCUCCAUCUGAAAUAGAGCAUUUGCAUUUCUUCUGCCUGGGGGCCGUAUCAUGGCAGAGACUUCUCCCAAUUCCAGCAGCGUGUGAGUUUUUCCUAGUUGAGCAUGCAGAUUGUACACCUGUUCCUAUGCAGAUCAAGCAUGUUGAGCAUAGUCAAAUGUUAUGCUCAUGCUCGCUUAUGGUAGAGCGCUUAUAUGUGACACUAAUUCACUGUGCACUGUGAAGGCAUCCUUACAGGAAAGCCACCUAUUACUGAAAACUAGGUCUGCUCUUUAAAUAUAUGUAGCUGUAUCUUUUUCAAGAAGGGAAAGGUAGAUAGGCUUAAAAUGCUAAUUUCUGCUGUAAGCACUGAUAGAGAUAAUAUGCUUAUUAUUUCAAUUGCAUUUACUGUUCUUCCAAGUAGGCUAUCUGAAUCAAAGCAACAAUGAAAAGGAUAUGAGAAAGUCCUUUAUUAAUGUCUUCAGGAUCAUGAAAAGGCUAAUUUUCUGGAUGGGGUUUGAACUGUUCAGCCAAUUCUUAAAUUGACACAACUUCGUUUUUGCUCCAGACAAUGGCCUGAAUCCAGAGAACCGCACAACUAGUUAUAUGUUGUACAUGAGGAAGCUUUGGACUUUCUUUUCUUAAAUAGCAUCAUCAUAUGCUAAAUGGUAAACUACUGCUUUUAAGAAGGGGUAUGUGGGGGCUUGAAAAUGAGAUGUUUUGAAAAUAUGGGAUGUCUCAAGAAACAAAUGAAAAUUUUGCUAGGCACCUCCAAGCCCUUGGGAAUGCUGAAAGUAGCUCUUUGGAAUCUUGCUACUGUGGUUUAAAUAAUAAAACUCUGGAAUAAAGUAUAAAAUUUGUACUUUUAGAAACAGAGGCUAUGUGCAGCUUCCUGUUUUGACAUGAAGAUUUUUUUUAGAGAUACUAUUAAAAUGAUUUCCAGUGAAAUAAAAACAUACACAUUUACGUAGUUUCGUAAUUGCAUUAAAGCUUUUAUACUGUAUUGUGGUUUGAAACUUUAAGAGUUUUCCCUAUUAUGAAAUUCGCUGAAUGAACAAAGGUUAUAAAAAGUGUGGAUCAGAUCAAGAAAGGAGUGUGGAUUUUGCAAUGGAAAUACGUUUUUAUAACUGCAGAUAUCCUACAGAAAGGAUCAAUGUGUGUGUUACCUUGCAUAGUAACUGAUAACCACAUAGGCUUGUUCUUGUCCAGAAUUAAGUUUAUUCUUUAAUGUUGAAAUUAUCAGCAAACAUAGUAAAUGGUCUCUCUAGUCUGAGUAAAUUUAAGAGAUUCAAAAUGUAUUUUAUAAACAGUGUGGGAUAUUGUUCACUGCUACAUUUGUGAAAAAUGACCUGGCUGUAACAAGGGUUUGUUUUGACAGGGGAGGUGGGCUGAAGCCAUAACCCAAGGUGCAUUCCUAGCAGGUAAUGAGAUCUGAGUUGACAGUUUGUAUUAUUGUCUCACACUGUUCUAGUGUACAAAUGUUAAGCAGCCAUGGUUUAAACCCAUAGAAACCGUGCGUAAGUUUUGAGGUGAGGUGCAAGACAGAUAUUAGCAUUGUCAGUCUUCAGAUUGUGAAGAGAAAUUUCCUCUGCCUAAUUUGUGAGUGAAAGAGUUUGGUUUCAAAAGGAGGAAGGAAGCAGUUGACUAGUUCUCAAGUGUGUAUUUCUUGCUUUGUUAUAGGAUAGAAAAGUAGUAUAGCUUGCUCAUUUUGAGUUAGUUAAAACGGUUUGAAAUCAGUUUUUAAAGUACGCUAUUAGAUACUAAGUACUCUAAUGUGUUCAUUUUUGUAUGUUCAUUCAGGAGUUUGUUUUCAUGGAUUAAUACUGUGUUUGUAUUUUAUAAAGAAAUUCUUACUGCUAUGAUUUAAGUGUUGGACUUCUGGAUAAAUGUAAUAAAUUCAAAUGUGGUCAUUUUUCUGAA